AUGGCUCAUGAGUUCACGCCCUUGCAAAGAGAGAUCAUUGCCGGCUUGAGCGCGGGGACCCUGACCACAGUUGCUACGCAUCCCCUCGACCUCGUCAAGCUUCGGCUGCAACUCUUGGCAACGUCGCAUCAGUCGCACGGUUAUACAGAGGUCAUCAAAACCAUUGUCACGGACUCGAAAGCCAAUGGGACCUUUAUCCGGGAAGCCUACAGAGGCCUGGGGGUUAACCUGGUAGGAAACUCCAUCGCAUGGGGCCUGUAUUUUGGCCUGUACCGCUUCUCCAAAGAUGCAGUCUACCGCAUGUGGACCAAGGACCCUGAUUCGGACGGCCAGACAUCCUUCCAGAAGGACAGUACCAUGGGGCCACUAUUCUACCUUGCGUCUGCAGCGCUUAGCGGAAUUGCCACGGCGGUACUUACGAAUCCGAUCUGGGUCGUCAAGACCAGGAUCAUGUCCACCAACGCGCGAGCUGCUCACGGCUACAAGACAAUGUGGGACGGUAUCCGCAAGAUAUACACACAAGAAGGGCUCACAGGGUUCUGGAGAGGCCUGCUGCCAUCUCUGUUUGGCGUCGGGCAGGGUGCUAUAUACUUCACGGCGUAUGAUUCGCUCAAACACCGGUAUUUCGCGAGUAGAGGAAUCCACAAAGAACAGAAACUGGACAACCUAGAGAAUAUCGCACUCACAUCCGUUAGCAGAAUGGUCUCAGUGUCGGCGGUGUAUCCCCUGCAGCUACUCAAAUCAAACCUGCAAAGUUUCGAAGCUGUAAAACAACAAAAUUCGUACAAGCUCUGGGCCCUGAUAAGGUCGAUCUACUACAAAGACGGUGCCAAAGGGCUAUACAAGGGACUCUCGGCAAAUCUUGUUCGCGCUCUGCCCUCCACAUGCAUAACGUUUUGCAUCUACGAAAACAUGAGGCACUGGCUAUAA